GGGGGGGUCGUCAGUUUCCUGUGAGCCUCUUUUGCUUUCAUGGGAUGGAAACCCUCCUCUAGAAGUGGAGAGAGGAAGAGAAGGCCUGGGGACGGCAUCAUGGUCCCCAGUGUACAUGCAGCCAGGUGGAGCACCAGCUGCACCAUGACUCUUCCCAUGGUUGUCUGAAUUCCAGGAAGCUGAGAUUCUCUCUUCCCUGCUUUGUCAGAUGGGAAUGUCCAUGUUAUCUUUGAGAAGAAGGAGGAAAACACUUCAAACACCGUGCUGGCCUUUCCAUAAAUACUUCUCUGCUAGAAGUGGUGUGGCUAUUGUUAUUUAAGCAAAUGCUGUUACUGCAGUUCCGCAUGGGCUGAGGACUGACCACUUCUUUCUAAGCUGUUUGCCAAGCAUAUGCCCCGUGGAUCAGAAGACUGAAUCAGUGUCAUCUGCGGAAUGAUGGAAGUUGGCUAUCUCAAUGGCAGGGUCCUCAGGUGCUGGAAGGCAGAAGAGCAGGAGGCAGCCAGUAACCUCGCGUGGGCCUUCUUGGCCUUUCUGCUCCGGGGGCACCUCGUGCUCUGAGCAGCACAAGCUUUGGGAAGUGAACGGGCAUCUUACAGCAACAAAAAAACCCCACAGCUGUAUGCACAACCACUCCAGUCUCCUUUAUCAGCAGCUACCUAUGUGGAAUACAUGCCGAUACGGAACAUCCAGAUGCUGAACGUGCGUGCCUCCCCAGCCGGCAGCAGCAGGGUUAAGGAGCGAGGGCGUAGCUUGCUGCCUGCCGUCAGGAGGCCGGCUCGGAGCUGAGGCGCGGAGGCUGAAGGGGGCCCUUUGUUGGCAGCGCUCAGCACCCAGCGCCGUGCCCUCCUGCUGCAGGGGGAUGGCUGCAGUCCUGUCCGGGCCGGGGCGCAGCCGGGCCCCGUGGGCUCUGCGCCUCUCGGGUUUGCCCUUUUAAGUAGUGCGGGGAGCAUUUCUACCGGGUAACUUUGAGCGAGAGGAGCUGAAAGGAAGAAAGGAGACCGUACAGCUGAGGCCAAACUCUAACAAAUGAAAAUGUUGGAGAUUUGCUUGAAAUUGGUGGGCUGCAAGUCAAAGAAGGGGCUCUCUUCUUCCUCCAGCUGCUACUUGGAAGAAGCCCUCCAGAGGCCAGUCGUGUCAGAUUUUGAGCCCCAGGGGCUGAGUGAAGCCGCUCGCUGGAACUCCAAGGAGAACCUCCUGUCCUGUCCCAGUGAAAAUGACCCCCACCUCUUUGUUGCACUGUAUGAUUUUGUGGCGAGUGGGGACAACACUCUCAGCAUAACUAAAGGUGAAAAGCUUCGUGUCCUGGGCUACAAUCAUAAUGGUGAAUGGUGUGAGGCUCAAACGAAGAAUGGACAAGGCUGGGUACCCAGCAACUACAUCACCCCAGUGAAUAGUUUGGAGAAACAUUCCUGGUACCAUGGACCAGUGUCACGUAAUGCUGCUGAGUACCUCCUGAGCAGUGGCAUCAAUGGCAGCUUUCUCGUGCGAGAGAGUGAGAGCAGUCCAGGACAGAGAUCAAUUUCACUGCGCUACGAAGGAAGGGUGUACCACUACAGAAUAAACACUGCGUCCGAUGGGAAGCUGUACGUCUCUUCAGAGAGCCGCUUCAACACCUUGGCAGAGUUGGUCCAUCAUCAUUCAACGGUAGCAGAUGGGCUCAUCACCACUUUGCACUACCCGGCGCCCAAACGCAACAAGCCCACUAUUUACGGGGUGUCUCCAAACUAUGACAAGUGGGAGAUAGAGAGAACUGACAUCACUAUGAAGCACAAGCUGGGCGGCGGGCAGUAUGGAGAGGUGUAUGAAGGAGUCUGGAAGAAGUACAGCCUCACAGUGGCUGUGAAGACCCUAAAGGAGGAUACCAUGGAGGUGGAAGAGUUCUUGAAAGAAGCUGCAGUAAUGAAGGAGAUCAAGCAUCCGAACUUGGUGCAAUUAUUAGGGGUGUGCACACGGGAACCUCCUUUCUACAUCAUCACAGAGUUCAUGACUUAUGGGAAUCUGUUGGAUUAUCUGCGUGAGUGCAACCGGCAGGAGGUCAAUGCAGUGGUGCUGCUGUACAUGGCAACCCAGAUCUCUUCAGCCAUGGAGUACCUGGAGAAGAAAAACUUCAUCCACAGGGACCUUGCUGCCAGAAAUUGCCUUGUAGGAGAGAACCACUUGGUGAAGGUGGCAGACUUUGGCCUGAGCAGGCUGAUGACAGGUGACACGUACACUGCCCACGCUGGGGCCAAAUUCCCGAUCAAGUGGACAGCACCAGAGAGCCUGGCCUACAACAAGUUCUCCAUUAAAUCUGAUGUCUGGGCCUUUGGUGUUCUGCUUUGGGAAAUUGCAACCUAUGGCAUGUCCCCUUACCCUGGGAUCGACCUGUCUCAAGUCUAUGAGCUGCUGGAGAAAGACUACCGCAUGGAGCGCCCUGAAGGCUGUCCUGAGAAAGUGUAUGAGCUCAUGAGAGCAUGCUGGCAGUGGAGCCCCUCCGACAGGCCUUCCUUUGCUGAGAUCCAUCAGGCGUUUGAAACGAUGUUUCAGGAAUCCAGCAUAUCAGAUGAGGUGGAGAAGGAAUUGGGAAAGAAGGGCAUGAGGAGUGUAGUGAGCAAUUUCCUUCAGGCCCCAGAGUUACCAACCAAGACACGAACAUCGAGGAGAGCUGCUGAAAGCAAAGAUGCGAACGAGGGCUUGGAGACUGCACAUGCUCGAGGCCAGGGGGAAUGUGAUCCUCUGGACCAUGAACCUGCUAUUUCUCCUUUGCUGCCACGGAAGGAGAGAGUGGCCCUGGAGAGCAGUUUGAAUGAAGAUGAGAGGCUGCUUCCAAAAGACAAAAAGCCCAACCUCUUCAGUGCCCUCAUCAAGAAGAAGAAGAAGACUGCUCCUACCCCUCCAAAACGGAGCAGCUCCUUCCGAGAGAUGGAUGGCCACUUGGACCGCAGGGCGGGUGGGGAGGAGGAGUGCAGGGAUGCUGGCAAUGGAGCUUCCAUUGCUCCUCCCACAGAAGCAGCUGAGCCCUCCAAGUUUCAGACCCCAAGCAAUGGGGCUGGUGUCACCAAUGGGGUUGUCGCUGGGAACUCUGGGUUUUUGUCUCCCCACUUAAGGAAGAAGUCCAGCACAAUGAGCAGCAGCCGGGGGGUGUCUGGUGAGGAGGAGAGCAGUUCCAACUCCAGCAAGCGUUUCUUAAGGUCCUGCUCAGCCUCCUGUGUGCCCCACGGUGCAAAGGACACGGAGUGGAAAUCUGUGACUCUGCCUCGGGAUCUGCAGUCCACAGGACGCCAGUUUGAUUCCUCCACUUUUGGGGGACACAAAAGUGAAAAGCCAGCGCUGCCUCGAAAACGGGCAAAUGAGGCCAAGACUGACAUUGCUGUCAGGGGGACGGUGACCCCCCCUCCACGGCUGCUUAAGAAAAACGAAGAGACCACUGAUGAUGUGUUCAAAGAUGUGGAGUCUAGUCCUGGCUCCAGCCCACCCACUCUGACUCCAAAACUUGGCCGUAGGCAACCCGCCAUCCCCCCUUCCUCCAGCGUGCUGCACAAGGACGAUGGAGUCAAAUCCAGUGCCUUAGGUACCACUGUGACAAUGGACCAAGGUUCUGCUGCCAAACCCAACUCUGCUGCAUUUGCAGGUGCCAACAAAGCUUCUGUCGAGGAGCCGCGGCUGAGGAGGCUCAAGCAGACCUCAGAGUUGGCAGGGAAGGACAAAGGGAAGUUAUCGAAGCUGAAGCCAGCCCCUCCAGUUCCACUGUCUUCAUCCUCUGUUGGCAAGCCUGGAAAAGUAUCUCACAGUCCCAGCCAUGAAGCAGCAACAGAUGUGGUGUCUGGUCCUAAAUCCAAACAGUUGACUCAGGUUGCAGAUGCUGUGAGCAGUGAAGCUGUCAAGCCAAACCAGUCGGGGGAAGGUGUGAAAAAGCUAGGGAUCCCUUCUGUACCAAAGCCACAGUCCUCUACAAAGCUGCUGAUGAGCACAGCAACCUCAGCUGCCUCUUCCUCAUCUGUACCCUCUGCCCCAGGGGGGGACCAGCCAUCAUCUACAGCCUUCAUCCCUCUCAUAUCCACCAGGGUCUCUCUGCGGAAGACCCGUCAGCCCCCAGAGAGGAUUGCCAGCGGCACCAUCACCAAAGGGGUGGUGCUGGAAAGCACUGAGGCUCUACGGCUGGCCAUUAGCAAGAACUCAGAACAAAUGGCGAGCCACAGCACCGUCUUGGAGGCUGGCAAGAACCUCUACACCUUCUGCGUGAGCUACGUGGACUCCAUACAGCAGAUGAGGAACAAAUUUGCCUUUCGGGAGGCCAUCAAUAAGCUGGAGAACAACCUGCGGGAGCUUCAGAUCUGCCCAGCGACGGCUGGCAGCGGCUCUGCGGCCACGCAGGACUUUAGCAAACUGCUCAGUUCUGUGAAAGAAAUCAGCGACAUUGUUCAGAGGUAGCAGAAGCCAGGUUGGAAAAAAAAAAA